AAUAAACGAAGGGAGACGCCAACAUCUGGCAACACAUCAUGAGAGGACGACGGAGCCAAUAGAGGACUAUUGUGGCAAGGCAUUUCUGUGUUAUGAAGGAAGAAUGGAGUUCCCAGACCAUAGCCGCCAGUUGCUGCAGUGUCUGAGUCAGCAACGUCACCAAGGUUUCCUCUGUGACUGCACUGUUCUCGUCGGCGAGGCGCGAUUCAAAGCGCACAGAGCAGUGCUGGCCUCCUGCAGCAUGUACUUCCACCUCUUCUACAGGGACCAGCUGGACAAAAGGGACGUUGUGCAUCUGAACAGUGACAUUGUGACGGCCCCGGCUUUCAGCCUGCUCCUUGAAUUUAUGUAUGAGGGGAAGCUCGAGUUCAGCGCCCUGCCAGUGGAGGAUGUCCUGGCCGCCGCCAGCUACCUUCACAUGUAUGACAUCGUCAAAGUGUGCAAAGGCAAGCUGAAAGACAAGGAUCUGUCGUCGCUGGACGAGCGUCUGGGAGAGGGCAUGGGGAUUGGCAUGGCGGCGCUGGGCUGUCUGGACAGGGAGAGCUCCUCUGACGGGGAGACGCAGCAGCACAGUGGCGGCAGCAGCAGCAAACACAAACAGGCGGGCGCACGACGGCAGCCCCAGUCCCAGAAGCCCGCCCCGAGGGCCCCCCCGGCUGACGACUGUGACAUGGACAGCAGCGAGGGCCGGCCGGCUGUCACAGAUUGUGAUAGGUCUGCUGUGGUGGUGGCGGGCAGGCAGAAGGCGAACGGUCACCCCGCCAGGUCCCCGGACCUUGUAGGUGUCAAUUAUGUGUCAGCCGAGGCCGAGGCCGGUGUCCAAACAGCUGGAAAAACAAAAGCUGAUGUCAGUGGUCCGGCGUGCGCGGCCUCCCAGAGGUCCCGGGCGUCGGAUGACAUGGACUGCGCUCUGGAUUUGUCUCUCAAGCCUCUGCCGGCCUGCCGCGACGCCUUCCACCCCUCCCAUGUCUCAGGACAGCUGGCCCUCGACAGCCAGCAGCAGGGCUCUGAGCCACUUGUUAAAGACGAACAAGACUUGCUGUCAGAGCAGGGGGACAGUGAGCCGACGAGCCCGGAGGGCCAGCGCUUUGGGAAUAGCGCCAGGAGCGCGGCGGUGACAGGGUUCGCUGCCCUCUUCCCGGGCAACAACGGCUCCAACGCCACCCUGCUAGCCCCAGAGGAGGAACUGAUGGAGGGGGAGGGGGAGGAAGAGGACGACCUGGCGUCCUCGGACAUCUCCACGUCCAGCGGGGUCCUGCUGCCGCCGGGCCAGCAGGUGUGCGUGUGCCCGCUGUGCAGCAAGGUCUUCCCCAGCCCGCACGUGCUCCAGCUGCACCUGAGCUCGCACUUCCGCGAGAAGGACGGCGCCGUGCGCUCCAAGCUCUCGCCCGACGGCUCCGUGCCCACCUGCUCGCUCUGCGGCAAGACCUUCUCCUGCAUGUACACGCUCAAGCGGCACGAGCGCACGCACUCGGGCGAGAAGCCCUACACCUGCGGCCAGUGCGGCAAGAGCUUCCAGUACUCGCACAACCUGAGCCGCCACGCCGUGGUGCACACGCGCGAGAAGCCGCACGCCUGCAAGUGGUGCGAGCGGCGCUUCACGCAGUCCGGGGACCUCUACCGACACAUCCGCAAGUUCCACUGUGGCCUCGUCAAGACCCUCGCCAUCGGCUAGCCACCGAGGAGUCCCAAAACAACAUCCACACACACACAAAAAACACACUCAUAUUUACACAAACAAAACAAACACAAAACAAAUAGCACUCGUGCCAUGACAAUAUCAUCAUGACAGAAAUGUCUUUGUAUCCACUCUAGACUACUCUAGGCUACUGUACAGGUCUGUUUGAAUCUCCUGCUGUUGCUGCACAUGAAAACGUAGCCUAAUUUGAGAGCACUGAGGGGCAUCCUUUUGCAUUAAUGCUCAGUGAGGCUUUGCUAAUUUCUAAUGCACAUAAGUGUGUUUAAUUAGUGGUUGCCCACGGUGUUAACCUCUCCUUCUCUCUGUCUCUGUCUCUCUCUCUCUCUCUCUGUUCGCCGGGGCAUCUGCAUGGUUGAAAUAAUAGACAAUUUAUGGUAGUCGAGAGAUUCGGCCUUGGGCUGAAAUAUCUAUUUGUCACCUCUGUAUGCUGAAUGAAUGGAAAUGCUGGAGGACUGGAUGCACUUGUGCUUUCUCCCAUGAGCGCUGUGUUUUUUCCUGGGCUUGAAAUGGGAGGAAACAAAUCAGUCGUGUAUAUAUAGAAACACACUCUGUUCAAAGAGCACGAUACAACCUUAGAGCAGCAGAACUUUCAGUGGUCAGCCUGUAGGUUCUCAUUCUUGACACAAGGCUUACAGUCCAAGCCUAGGAUCCCUGCAUUAUACUUUAGACAGCUAAAAGUGUCUGAAGUUUGACAACUACUGAGUAUUUGUUUUGUUUGUUAGAAUGUUGGGAGGUGUCAUUUUUGACAGACUUUUGUUAGCACAUCAGAAAAAGAUUCUGUUAUUUAUAUAAUAGUAACUCCGUUUGCAGCAGGACCAGAUCUGUUUGUUUUGUACAUAUCUACUGUAAGAGACGCCGGCUUUGUUGAAGAUGGAAGGGAGUUUAUCAGGACUGUCACUUUGCCAUGAUGGCUCUGUGAAAGAUUUGCCUUUUAUUUGUGCUGUAUUGAUAUCGACUGCUGAACAUCUGUUGGAGGUGGAAGUGGAAGAGUUUGUGGAGCGAUAGGGUUUUUGUCAGGAAAACAUGGCAAGUGUUGCUUUAUCGUCUACUGUAAGCGACACAGAGGAGAUGGCAACCAUCUCUGGCAUGCGUCUGGGCUGCAUCCGGCCCGGGUCUGUACAGGAGGAACAGUACGGGGUGUACUGUGAAUAAGCUGGCUUGGGUGGCGUGCUGCUAAAGGACACGCACAUGAGUGAAGUGCUGUAAGACUCCGGGCUUCCCUGGGAAGCACUGUACUGUGCCCUACUGUACUGCAGAUGAGCUCAUGUCAUGUCACGAUGUGCUCAGUCCAGAUGGGUAGACUUCAGUGGCAUCUCGCUUGUCCUGUUGAUGUGUUGUGGGGUCACCUUACUGGUCUAAGACUUUUUUCCUUUGUUUUUCUUUCAUUCUCUCCCUCUUUCUGUGUCUCUCUCCAUCCCUUUUAUGAAGUUGGUGAAUGUGAAACAACAUUAGGCAGGAUGGUGAAACUGAUUUCAUUAGUCAAUAAUUUGAUUGACUGGGUCUCUGGUGUUAGAAGUCGUAGAAGGUUGUUUUCUUUUCUUCUUUAUUUGGUUCUUACUUGAUUCGAACAUAGCAUAUACUGUAUGCAUCAGCAUGAAAGCAGGUAGCACUAAAACUUCUGUAUGAUUUAAUCUCUCCUGAGAAAACUUGAUUAGGAUUAUUUAUUAGUGUUUUUUAUUUGGUUCAGGGUUUUAUUAUCUGUUCAAUUCUUGAAGUUCUAGAGAGCUUGUUUCUUUUGCUGGUACUAUUUCAGUUGUUAAAUGGGGUCACUUCAACCUUGUAUCACAGGUGUAGUUACUGUUUGUGUUCAUGAAGUGAGGUUUUGUAACUUUUUUGUCCAAUGUUAAAAAACAAAACCAGAAGCUAUCUUAAAUGAUUUUUUUCUCACAAGAUACUGAGAAGCACUUGUUUUGAGCAUACAUACUGUAGUUUUGACACUGAUACUAUGUAGGCUGCUAUUUCUAACUAUUUGUAUAUUUAAUGUAAAUAUGUAUUUUAUUUAUCAAAAUAAUUUUGUCUUUUGGUGUGUCAGACACAAGCUGAGUUGAGAAAAAAGAUGCCUCUCAAUAACCUUUUUGCAAUCCUUUAAAUGGAAGGUGUUUUUGACUCUCAGAUUUAGUUUUCCUCCUUGAGAGGUUCUCCCUCUCGUUUAUGCCUUGAUUUGGUUGAUGAGCAGCAUCGAGUGCAUACAACUCACAGAACUACUUAUUUUGCCUUGUGUGAAGGAUGCGGUGUGUCUUUGGUGCUAACACUCCAAUGUUCCACCGAGUACCCAUCAACGAUUCAAGCUACUGUUCAUUCUACUGUUUAUCGCCUGUUCAGAUUUCUCCCUGGAGGAAUCGUGCGUCUUCCCCACUCUGUCUCUCUAUUGAAGGAGAAUCGAGUCUUGCGUUGCACUUUUUUUUUGUAUUGACCAUUAUGCUGGUAUGUGAGGAAUGGACGGAGGGAGAAUUUAUGCAGGUGCAUAGCGUAUGUGUGUCAGCACAGAAGGCAAUGACUGAUGCAGAAGAUCGAGUACUGUAUGUUUCUGUAAUUUCCCCCUAUUCACACAGACAGGACUGCACUCCCACAACCUUAUGGGUUUUUUUUUUUUUUUUUUUUUUUUUGCACAUUUACUUUUAUAAGAGUCCCGCAGAAUAGCAUUUGUUCCAUUUAUUUUGUUAGUAUACUUAAGGAUCAGUUCAAACAUUGUGAUUUGCCUUCGUUAAGUAUUUGAUGCAGUCUGUAUGAAGAGAACAGAGAAAAAGGAUACCCUUCAGUCACCAUUAUUUUUGUGCUUUGAAUGAACUGGUUGUCUUGCCAUGCAUUUCAGUUGUACAUGUUGUUUUUCUGGUCAUAACAAUCUCAUGAUAUCAAAUGAAUGUCACAUUGUAUAUUUAUCAAAGCUGAACAUGGAGGAAUGUAGUUUGUCUUGUCUUUUUCAUUAACUCAAAAUGAGACGUCAUUUCAUGCAGCUCUUGUUGAGAGAUUGUAACUGUCAUCUUCUUGAUGUAUGCAUUUUGCUAUUCCGAGGCAGUGUAAAUGACUACACUGUACUGUUUCUGUUUUUGCGAAACUAAUGCAAUUCUAUUUAUAUUUCUAGAAUCAUUUGACAGCAUUCAUGCCUUGUUGACACAAGGUGGACAAUAUGUUCACCCAACCCUAUCGACAGCCCCUUCAUGGUUGUUAAAUGUCACAGACCGCACAUAUACACUGUUUUCAUCAGUUAAUUGACCGAAAUGUUCUAAUUGAUAGAUUGAUAGAUUGAUAGACACAUUAAAUUACUGAGGUAAAUAGUGACAAAAUAUUGCAAACCACUCCAGCAACCCUGGUGUCUCCUUGUCAUUCUGUUUGUGUAUGGCUAGGGUUUGAAGAGAAACACCAGCAUGGAACAGUCACAAGAGCGAAAUGUUAUGCAUUGAACGUCCUGUAGAUCUGGAAGUGGUCAAUCCUAGAUGGUAAAAUUUAGGUUUGGAGGAAAAACCUCCCCCUUUCGACUGCAUGGAUGUGUAAUUCUGAAAAUGUACUACAGUCUAGAGUCGAAUUCAAAUGUUAGUAUGCAUUAAUACUGGAAUAUUGUCUUUUACAGGUUCAGACUGUGAAAUUGUGUAUAAUCAGAAAAAUAUUUAUUGAUUCCUUGUGCAAAAUUUUACUGUAUCUCACAAUUUUGACUUGUAAAAUGAAAGAUACUACUAAAUGCAGAACUUUUUUCAUAGACUUUGUAGAAGUGCCAUUAGAUUUAAUAUAAUUUUUUAAUAAGAAAGGUAUAUUUUAUAGGAAUCAAAUGCUUCAGUGAUAGUGCUUUAGAAACCAUAGAUGACAAUCUCUUUGAUUUGACACUUGAUAGAUUUUGAUGAUCUGGAAUUGUGUGUGCUUUUUUGUUAGCUCUUUUGACGUGUGCCUGUGUGUGUGCUGUGAAAAUGUGACAAUCUCCAUUUAGGUCUUUUAUUUAGAAUGUGCAUACAUUAAAAGAUCAUUUUCUGUG